CUUUCUCCAAGGUAUUCGUUCCGUGUGCGGCCCCUGAAUCCCUGUAGUAUGAAGGAGACGCCGCUCUCAAACUGCGAGCGCCGCUUUCUGCUCCGCGCCAUCCAAGAGAAGAAGCGGCUGGAUGGCAGACAAACCUAUGAUUAUAGAAACAUCAAGAUCUCCUUUGGAACGGAUUAUGGCUGCUGUAUUGUGGAACUUGGGAAAACAAGGGUUCUUGGGCAGGUUUCCUGUGAACUUGUUUCUCCAAAACCCAACAGGGCAACAGAAGGUAUUCUUUUUUUUAACCUUGAGCUAUCUCAAAUGGCUGCCCCAGCUUUUGAACCUGGCAGGCAGUCAGAUCUCUUGGUGAAGUUGAACCGACUCUUAGAAAGAUGUCUAAGAAAUUCCAAAUGUAUAGACACUGAAUCUCUCUGUGUUGUUGCUGGUGAAAAGGUUUGGCAAAUACGUGUGGACUUACAUUUAUUAAAUCAUGAUGGAAAUAUUAUCGAUGCUGCCAGCAUUGCUGCAAUUGUAGCUUUAUGUCAUUUCCGAAGACCUGAUGUGUCAGUUCAAGGAGAUGAAGUAACAUUGUAUACACCUGAAGAGCGUGAUCCUGUACCCUUGAGCAUCCACCACAUGCCCAUUUGUGUCAGUUUUGCCUUCUUCCAGCAAGGAACAUACUUAUUGGUGGAUCCUAAUGAACGUGAAGAACGUGUAAUGGAUGGCUUGCUGGUGAUUGCAAUGAACAAACAUCGAGAGAUUUGUACCAUUCAGUCCAGUGGUGGGAUAAUGCUACUGAAAGAUCAAGUUAUGAGAUGCAGUAAAAUAGCUGGUGUGAAAGUAGCAGAAAUUACAGAACUAAUACAGAAAGCACUGGAGAACGACCAGAAAGUAAGGAAAGAAGGUGGAAAGUUUGGCUUUGCAGAAUCUAUAGCAAAUCAGAGGAUCACAGCGUUUAAAAUGGAAAAGGCCCCUGUUGACACCUCCAGUGUAGGGGAGAAAGCUGAAGAAAUCAUUGCUGAAGCAGACCCUCCUUCAGAAGUUGUUUCUAAUCCUGUGUUAUGGACUCCUGGAACUGCCCAAAUUGGAGAAGGUAUAGAAAACUCUUGGGGUGAUCUUGAAGAUUCUGAGAAGGAAGAUGAUGAUGGUGGUAAUGAUGAAGCUGUCAUUCUUGAAAGUGUAAAAAUGGACACUGGAGUAGAAGUUGCCAAUAUUGGAAGCCAAGGUGCUCCUAUAGUACUCUCAGAUAGUGAAGAAGAAGAAAUGAUCAUUUUAGACCCAGAAAAGAGUACAAAGAAAAUAAGCACACAGACCAUCAGUGCAAAACAAGAAAAAGCAUUAAGUAAAAAACCCACAAAGAAGAGGAAAAAGAAGAGAACUGUAAAUUUAAGCUAACAUAACACUGUGUAUAUAUUAAAAAAGCUAUUUAUUCAAUGCU